CAAGCAUGCUUUAUUUUCCCACAGAGCAUGUAGCUGUCCCGUUUAAAAGUUUCUAAAAUGCUAAAACUACACAGCUCUGUGUAUCUCUCUCUCGCUGAGGGAAGUGGGCGAGGUUUUGCUCACCUCGGGGAUGCUGCUAGACAGCACUUAAUCGCAUUUUAGUGUAGGCGUCGUCAGGGGAGCUCCAGAAAGAGAAAAUGCUGCCGGACUGAACGCUCACUAUCUGGCCACACGGACUGCUUUCCUCGAUGGCUGAAACGGUUUCCCGAAGCGAAGUGAAUCCGAACUGUGAAGAGAACAUAUGCUGCAAUUAAACCUUUGGAAUAACAUUCGCGUCAGAUUAAAAUGGAAAUGAACAGAAAACCACUUCGUGUUUUAUCUCACACUUUAAAACGAUAUAACUUUAGCGUGGGGCUGAUCUGUUUGAUUGUUUUGUCCGCUGAAGCUAAUAAAUGUCACGAUACCUACAUGCGUUCUGACGGAUUGGUGAGUUGUGAAGAGAUCAUUCUACCUCUCGAAGUGACCAGAAGCAUCCAAAACUUAACUUUACACAGAUACAAUAUCUCAGUUUUAAUCAACAGAACGUUUUCAGCCAAUGGGACCGAAAUGGACUUGCGCGCGCUGUCACUGCAGGACAACAACAUACAGGUGAUCGAAAGUUGUGCGUUUUGUGGACUCCCCCGACUUCUUUCCUUAGAUUUGAGUCACAACCGUUUAAUGGUUGUGCCCCCUGGAGCUUUUUAUGGCUUGGAACAGCUUCGUAUUCUUAACCUCAGCAACACCUUAAUGACUUCGGACGCGAGCCAAUUACCACUCGCGCUGUCCACGGAUAAUUUGCGUGAUCUUCAGAGUUUGGACCUGUCUGGAAACCGUUUGGAGGUAAUUCCUCUUUCUGGAUUUGGCAACCUCAAUUUAACCACAUUAAUACUGACAAAUAAUUCCAUCGCGACCUUGGAUAGUCACAAUUUAGCGAAAUUAAACGAGUUCAAGGAAAUACGUGUUUACUUAUCACAGAACCCGUUCGAGUGUAAAUGUGACAAACUGAAGGAGUUUUAUAAUUGGCUGAAGAAUAGCUCCCAAUGCGCAGACUCGAAUGAGCUGAAAUGCGCACAACCCGAAAAGAAGAAGAACACGCACGUGAUGGAUCUAGAAAAGAGGGACAUGGAGUGCCAAAACUUGGAUGCCCGGUCUUAUGUGCUUCUCGGCAUUGUGUUGGCCCUCAUUGGAGUUGUGUUCCUCAUGGUGUUGUACUUGAACAGAAGAGGCAUCAAGAGAUGGCUUAAUAACAUUAGAGAGGCCUGCCGGGAUCAGAUGGAGGUGUAUCAUUACAGAUAUGAACAGGACUCCGAUCCCAGGUUAGCAAAUGUUGCAGUUUAAGCGGAACCUUCUGACCUCGUCUCCUUGAAUUGUUUGAAUUGUUUAAGACAAGCAUACUCUUAAAAAUUAACUUUCAGCAGAUAGACACUUUUUAAACUUUUGGGGAGUUUUUUUUUUUUUUUUUGUCCAAUAAAAUGUUGGAAUGGGAAUGCCCCUCCCACCUGUCUGGGACCAGCAAUCAAGAAGGCUAGGUUUUUGCUGGUUAAAAGCCAUUGAGAUGAAUGGGAAUGCUAACAGGUAGCUUUCUCCAGGUAUUAAAGAUCUCAUUGCAAGCAAUAGAAAGUAAAAAAUCAUGUUUCACGACUGUGACGUAAAUUGAAGCCUAUGAUGCUUAGCCAGAUAUUUGUGUUUCAAUAGGAAAAUUUGUCAAUACAGCAAAGACAACAGGACUCAUUAAGCGAUUUCAUCGCUUUAACUGUUCAUUUGUAUUAGAUGCUAUGGAAGGAAGGCAGUCUAACUGUAUAUACAUUUACCAGUUUAAAAAAAUUAUAUUAAUACAUAAAUAACAACUCCAAAUAAUAUAUGAAAAUGCAGGAUAUAUGUAACACUCCUCAAUGCUUUCCUCAGUGCAUUAACUUAUUGCACCAAACAGUCCAGUUAUAAAAACCUGGGCAAAUGUAAGUAAAAAUAUACAAUAACUUCCCUUAUAAUGCUGAAACAUGGGUAAAAGGAUCGACUUUCGUGACAUAAUUUAAGAAUGUUUAAUUGCAUUAGGGUGAAUGUGAAAAAAACUUGGAGGACUGCUGGAAUUUUGCUUUCUUACCCUAUAUAACCCUGUAUACAGUGCCAAGACACUCUUGAUCUAGAGUGAGACACAAUAAGCCCUUUUUUUCCUCCAAUGUUUGAUUAGACCUUUGGUUUUAUUUAUGCAUAUGGAGAUUUGACUGUACAAAAAUGUGCAAUUCUAACCUUCAUCAUCUCUUAGCAUAUGUUGAAUGAGUGUUAUGCAGCCCAGAUAACCUUAUGAUGAAAUUAAAAUAUAAAGCAGUGACAUAAUACUAUUUUAUAAACAAAUGACUUGCAUCCUCAAUAAAACUCAAGAUA